UCCAAGACAGAAAUGGCGGCAGGUUCGAUUUCUGCUUUAGAGUUUUUAAAUCAAGCUAAACAAUUUAUUAACACUUCUCAGAAGAAUCGCGAUACUUGGCAGUUAGUUAUAUCGCCUCAUGACAAGAAUGAUGUAUACAUCUGUCAGAGAGUAACGAAGAACGUUGCACAACAAAGUGCAGAACCUGUGUCAUGUCUACCCCAAGAUGUUCAAGAGAUGGGUGAAAAUAUCACUGAUGACGACAAAUCAUGCCUUGAUACAGCACCAGUGUUGUCUGAAACGAUCAGCUAUGAGUAUCACAUCGUCUAUAGCUGCAGCUAUGCGGUACCAGUUCUGUACUUUACAGUUUCCAAUUCAAAAGGAAAGCUGUUGUCCCUGGAUGAUGUUUGGUCGAUGGUUCCUGACUACUACCAGCAGAGACUGCAGGAUGAGAGAUGGACAUUUCUCACACAGCAGGAACAUCCCAUUCUCGGCCGGCCGUUUUUCCAGCUGCAUCCCUGUCACACUGCAGACCUUAUGAAACAAGUUAACAGCAAACUUCCACAACAGAACUAUUUGAUAACAUGGCUGAGUACAGUAGGACCUGUUGUGGGGUUGACGUUGCCACUGUAUUAUGGGGUUGAAUGUACAUGAGUAGAAAAACCUACACAGACUGGGCUACCGGCGAACAACACAAAUCGCUAUCGUCAGUACAGUUCCUGUCAGGGUGUAGAUGGAAUCCUACAGGAGUGAGAAAAAGAAGAAUGAUCUGAACGUGGACUAUAAACUGUUGUUAACAGAACAUGCAUGAUUUAAUCAAUGAUGUCAGUAAGAGGACUGAUUGAAGAGGCGUGACAUAGCCCAGUGGUAAAGUGCUCGCUCGAUGUGCAGUCGGUCUGGGAUCGAUCCCCGUCGGUGGGCCCAUUGGGCUAUUUCUCAUUCUAGCCAGUGCCCCACAAGUAGUAUA